CGGGGCCGGGCUCGGGCGGCGGCGAGCGCUGAAGGGCGCGGAGUGCGGGAGCGGGGGUCGCAGCAGGAGCGGGUCCGAGCGGCGAACAGCGCAGGAUGUUCAGCUGGAUGGGGCGGCAGGCGGGCGGGCGCGAGCGCGCUGGAGGCAUGGACGCCGUGCAGACGGUGACAGGCGGCCUGCGCUCGCUCUACCUGCGCAAGGUGCUACCGCUGGAGGAGGCGUACCGCUUCCACGAGUUCCAUUCGCCAGCGCUGGAGGACGCCGACUUCGAAAACAAGCCCAUGAUCCUGCUGGUGGGCCAGUACAGCACCGGCAAGACCACCUUCAUCAGAUACUUACUGGAGCAAGAUUUCCCAGGCAUGAGGAUUGGUCCUGAGCCCACCACAGAUUCCUUCAUCGCUGUGAUGUAUGGAGACACUGAGGGUAGCACCCCCGGGAAUGCUUUAGUUGUGGAUCCCAAAAAGCCAUUUCGAAAGCUUAGUCGCUUUGGAAAUGCUUUCCUGAACCGAUUCAUGUGCUCCCAGCUACCCAACCAGGUCCUGAAGAGCAUCAGCAUCAUUGACAGUCCUGGCAUCCUGUCUGGGGAGAAGCAGCGCAUCAGCCGAGGGUAUGACUUCUGCCAGGUCCUGCAGUGGUUUGCUGAGAGGGUUGACCGGAUCAUCCUGCUCUUUGAUGCUCACAAAUUGGAUAUCUCAGAUGAGUUCUCAGAGGCCAUCAAGGCUUUCAGGGGCCAAGAUGACAAGAUCCGUGUGGUGCUGAACAAGGCUGACCAGGUGGACACACAGCAGCUGAUGCGGGUUUAUGGGGCCCUCAUGUGGUCUCUGGGCAAGGUCAUCAACACACCUGAGGUACUUCGUGUCUACAUUGGCUCCUUCUGGGCACAGCCCCUGCAGAACACAGAUAACCGCAGGCUCUUUGAGGCUGAGGCACAGGACCUCUUCAGAGACAUCCAGAGUCUGCCCCAGAAGGCUGCAGUACGCAAACUCAAUGACCUCAUCAAACGAGCAAGACUGGCAAAGGUACAUGCCUACAUCAUCAGCCACCUGAAGAAGGAAAUGCCAAAUGUAUUUGGAAAGGAAAACAAGAAACGGGAGCUUAUCUUCAGGCUACCAGAAAUAUAUGUUCAGCUGCAGCGAGAAUACCAGAUUUCUGCGGGGGACUUCCCUGAAGUCAAGGCCAUGCAGGAACAGCUUGAGAACUAUGACUUCACCAAGUUCCACUCUCUGAAGCCCAAGCUGAUCGAAGCUGUGGAUAACAUGCUGAGUAACAAGAUCUCGUCCCUCAUGAGCCUCAUCAGCCAGGAAGAGAUGAGCAUGCCCACGCAGAUGGUGCAGGGUGGUGCCUUCGAUGGCACCACCGAGGGCCCCUUCAACCAGGGCUAUGGGGAGGGGGCCAAGGAGGGUGCCGAUGAGGAAGAGUGGGUUGUGGCCAAAGACAAGCCCGUUUAUGACGAGCUCUUCUAUACGCUGUCACCCAUCAAUGGCAAGAUAUCAGGUGUCAAUGCCAAGAAGGAGAUGGUGACCUCCAAGCUGCCCAACAGUGUCCUGGGCAAGAUCUGGAAGCUGGCCGACUGUGACUGCGAUGGCAUGCUGGAUGAGGAGGAGUUUGCACUAGCCAAGCACCUCAUCAAGAUCAAGCUGGAUGGCUAUGAGCUGCCCAGCAGCCUGCCCCCCCACCUGGUGCCUCCCUCACACAGGAAGUCCCUGCCAAAGGCCGACUGAGGGCCAGAAGCUCGGGUGUGAUGGGGGCCUGGGCCUGAGGUCUGCUCUGUCACUGACUGCUGAAUGACCUUAGGCCAGGUUAUGCCCUCUCUGUGCCUCAGUUUCCCCAUGUGUGUAAGGUGGGUAGGGCAGAUACUGGACACUAGAUGAGGGCCUUUUACCUCUAAAAUCCCUAAGUGUCUAUUCAAAUAUUGGGAGGAAUGGGGGAUGGAUAUGGAGGGUGAAACUUUGAGAAGAAAAAGAAAUUGUCCAAAGAGUACUCAGAAGCCUAGAGGGAUACAGGUGUGGACAUGGGCUGGGUGAACUCCCAGGAACCUUGAGAAGUGAGCUGGGGACUCACUGGAGCAGCUAAGUCUUCAGAGCUGUCCUGGGCAGUUUGUCACCAUAAACCUGUCUGUCCCUCACAGGGCACUGGGAAGCAGCAGAUGAUCUAAUUUAUUUUGAUUAUGUUUCCUGCUAUAUUUAGACUGGGUGGGGAGGGGAAGAGCAGAGCAGAGGGUUUCUGCUCUCUGCAGACUAACACCAAAAUGAAGACUGAUGCCCAGGUUAGAAAGAGGAUGUGCCAUGUCUGUGUGUGCCCUGUCCCUUCUGCAGUCCCCAGCAGAACAGGCAGCCAGGCCAGGAGGAUAUGUCUGUCCCAGCACCUGCGGCCCGACCCUACCAAGCCUCCCUCCUAGCAAAGCUGGACUCAGUUUGGAAUUCAUGAACUAUCUUAGCCCCUGUCAAGACUGUUGGAGUCUCAGGGCAUGUUGAAGUCUGAAGAUUGGCUUUUCUUACCAGUUUUCCCAGUAGAUGAUUAUAGCAAAGUCAAUUUAUCAGACUUAAGCUGCAGUAAGUAAAAGAGACAGUUUUCAUCUGUCAUUAAAUGUGGCCUUUAAUCAUUGAAUGUCCCCAAGGUUCUCUGGUGGGUGACAGAAUUUCAGUUCAACAAAGUCAUGUCUUGGUUUGUGCAGUGUCCUAGGCCCUGUGGAUCAGCCCCACCCUGGGCUAUCGGUGGAAGAGAUCAGUGUCUUGGAGUUAGAUACUGUCGUUUGUUUUUUUAAAAAAUAUAUAUUUGCAUUUUUAUUGUGUUCAAUUGUGAUUUUCUCACAAGAUGAAGCCUUUAUCCAGAAAUCUUUCAUAUAAUACCUUUUCUUCAAAGACCAUGUGGCUCUUAUCAUGAGCGCCUAGUUCAGGGCAGGAUUGAGCCAUCUAAUACCCUUCUGCUGGCUCUUAAGUGUUCUUUCCCUGAGUCCUUCUCUGAUCUGCUUGCUCAGAUGCCAGGGGUCACUUCCCACCAUCCCCUCCCUGUUCUGUGGCAGCGUUUGGGGAGGCAGGUGGCUUUCACCUUCACGUAUACAGUAAGACUCACAGUAGAGCAUGGCCCCAUGGCCCAGCCCUGCCAGUGCUAGAAAUGAGUUAAAUACAACAGUCCUCCCCACUCCAGCCUUCUAAAAAACACCCUACCCCACCACCCAUUACCUGCCUUUGGCAACCUCAGGGUCACAACUGCAUAUUUAAAAGAAAAUGCUAAAAGCCAGGCAUGGUGGCACACUCCUAAAAUUCCAGCACUUAGAAGGCUGAGGCAGGAAGAUCACCAAGGGUUUGAGGCCACCCUGAGCUACAUUGUAAGUUCCAGGCCAGUCUUUCAAGAAAACAGAGAAAAUACUAAUGUCACUGUUCAUACUCCCUAACUUUCUAAAUUAUUUAGUUUUAAGAUAAACAUAGUAUGCUUUUUAGUCUGAGCACUUUAUAAUUAAUUGGACACAUGGAAGGAAAUGUAUGUUCCUGGGACUAACAACACAGGUAUUUCUGUGAUGUGAGGACUUAGUGUCCAAGGGGUGGGGAUGCCAGGGCAAGCUGCUUUCCUGUCAGUUGUCUGCUGCUUUUACUCUGCACAACUGUCAUAAAUAUUCAUAAAUAUAUUCACAUAUGGAUUUCUUG